CAGAACCCGGAAAUACAAUGUGUGCCAGGUGACGAGUUGUUUUAACCGAAGGGCAGCAGGCUACAGUACCGUAAUGUUGUAAUAAAGAACUUAAUAGUUUAUUGCUUUGGUUGUUUUUGAACCCUUGUGAUUGAAACAACAACCUUUGAUUUAAAGCCUUCAGCCCGACAACAACAACAACAACGUUUGUUUACAUUCAUGGACAAAGAGACGUGCAGCGACAUUCGUGCUCAGUCCUCCUGGAUGGAGAUGCAUCAGUUUAUUGGUGAACUUCUCACAUCUGGAAACACCCUGAAGGAUCCGCCAGGUGUGCUGAACGCGGCGUGGGGCGUGGCCUCCGGCGCGUCACUGGAACCUCUGCAACCACCUCGACCUGCCCGGGACAAACCAGAGGCCCAGCCCGGCCGGCAGGGGCAGCCUGGGGCAUCACAGAGGAGGGCAGAUGUGCAUAAUGCCUGCACCUGCCCUGGCUGCCCGUACUCCACGUCUCCACCUUCCUUUGAGGCUUUAAAACAGAGGCAGACCUUGUCUUUGGCCCCUAACUCUGACGCAGCGUGUCACCCCAAAGACCUCAGCAGCUCUGCUCCGAUGAGCCUCAGCAUGUGUUUACCGGACACGACUGAACCGAGCUGCAGCACGACUGACCUCGGGACCAGGACGUCCAGCCGGCCGCAGAGGGAAGAAGCAGAGCGAGGGACUCAGAACCCGGAGCAGACUCCUCCUUCCAGAGCCUCCUCGGGCCCCGUGUCCCACCUCUCAAUGUUCCCCUGCUUGUGUUGCCAGAUCCUGAGGAACCAGGAGGGUUCAGACUCCCCGUUCUCUCACGCCCAUCACCAUUUCCACCACCACCACUGUCCUCUAACCUCGUGUUUGCCGUGCCCUCACUCUCACGCUCCACAGCUCUCCGGCCCGUUUCCCUGCUUGCCUUGCCAGCGCACCUUCCCCACCUGCACUCAGGUGUGUCACCACCAGCACAGACAAACACACACUCAGCAACAGGAGGAACGAGGACGGGCCGCGUCCUCCCUGCUGUCGCUGCAUCCCUGCAUGCACUGCUCCGCCUCGUUCUCCAGACCGUCCCAGCUGCUGCAGCACCAGCGCUCCGAACACACCCACAAGCCGUCCGGCUUCCUGUGCACCGAGUGCGGCCGGGCCUUCAACUCGCACAGCAACCUCCGCAUCCACCUCAACGUCCACACCGGGGCCCGGCCCUACUCCUGCUCCGACUGUGGGAAGAGUUUCAGCCAGUCUGGGGCUCUGAAGAUCCACAGGCGGAUUCACACGGGCGAAAGACCAUAUUCCUGUGGAUUCUGCGGAAGGGGGUUUCCCCAUUUAGCCGGGGUCCGGGCCCAUCAGAGGACCCACACAGGAGAGAAACCCUACUGCUGUACCCAGUGUGGGAAGUGUUUCACCCAGUCAGGAGCGCUUAAGAUCCACAUGCGCAUCCACACAGGAGAGAGACCCUUCAUCUGCAGCUUCUGUGGGAAAGGCUUUUCGAACCGCUCCGGGAUCCGGUUCCACUACCGCACGGUUCACGGACUGGCCCCCGAGCACAGCGGAGAAGCUGGGGAUGUGGAUCAGGGGCCGGCAGGCCGUGGUUAUCAACCCGGGCGUCCCAGGACGUCUGCCAGCGUUGUGCUAAAUACCCCCAACAGUCAAGAUAACAACCCCCACACGGCUCCAGACCCCAGAGAGGCUCCUGCUGCUCGUCCUGGUGGUGAGAGCAAACCUCCGUCAGAGGGAGUAAACCCAGGCAGCAGCAGCAGAGAGGGGCUUCCGUACGCAUGUGAAGAUUGUGGCCUGCGCUUUAAGGACGCCCCGUCCAGGAACAGACACCAGACACUGAUGCACUACUCCAAUGAGGGGAGAGAGGAGGAGGAGGAGGAGGAAGAGGAGGAAGAGGGGAGGAAGGAGCUGAGCACAAACCGUGAUAACAGUGCAGAGUGAAUUUAUGUUGUUGGUCCAAGAUCGAAACACCAGAAGAAAUGGUGUUGAAAUUUGAUGUGCAAUAUACAGGUGCAACUCAAUAAAUAAGAAUAUCUUGGAAAAGUCCAUUUCCAAUAGUUCAAGUCAAAUAGCUGCAACCAAGUAUUGAGUCAUAUAGGUGGACAUACUUUUCAGAGGCCAACAUUUCCAUAUUAAACAUACUUUUCAAAACUGGUCUUUUGUAAGAUUACAUUUUUUUGAGACACUGAAUUUUAGGUGUUCAUUAAAUGUAAGCCAUAAUCAUUAUACUUAGAAGAAAUUAAUGAAAUGAAGACAUGAAAUGUUUCAUUCUGUGUGUAAUGGAUCUAUAUAAUGUGUUAUUUCCACUUUUUCAAUUGAAUUACUGACAUAAAUAAACUUUUCUAUGAUAUUCUAAUUCAUUGAGAUGCACCUGUAUUAUGUAGUGAAGUAUUGGUCUUUUGAAUUUGAUCCAGCACUUCAAGCUACUAUAUCGACUAAAGUUAAGACUUUUAAUUAGAUAUAAAUAUAUAAGGAGAAUAUAUAUAUAUAUAUAUUAGGUGUAAAAUUUUGUAUAUCUGUCUAUUAGAAGCCUAGUCAUGCCUGUUUUUAAAUUCAUGAUUUGAUAGAAGUUCAUACUUAAGAUAAAGAAUGCAUCAAUACUUGUUUAAGACAAUACAAUCUCUGUUAACCCAUUGAGGCCUAAAACGCCUGUAAAACCUCUGGGCGAUUUUAAAAUCAGCCCCUAAAACCUUUAAAGUUUUUCUGGAAAUUCAACAGAAGUGUCAACGCUUCUACUAAAUAAUAGAUUUUUCAGCCUCUGUAGCAGAUAGAAAUGAAAUUCAAAAAGUAUUUGGAGCUUAUACAAAUACUACAAAACGACGUAUCCGCUUUCCAGGCUUCAAUGGGUUAAUUAUACUUUCAAUAGUAAGUACAGAAGUUAAAAUAUACGACAACCCAAAGAAUGUGGAAGAAAAAGGUCCUCAACCUGCAGCUCUUAUGAUAUUCUCUCCAGCAAUCAAGCGUCUACCAGGGACUUUUUUUUUUUGCCAUUGUAUCGAUGAUGUUUUUUUUUCUCGAAUGGUAUUGAAGUUUAAAAUUCGGGCAUCUUGUCAGCCUUACUUAACCCACUGAGGCCUGAAAAAUGGGCGAUUUUAAAAUAAGCCUCUAAUUUUCUGGAAAUUCUGGAAAAAUUCUGGAAAAAAAGUGUGAACUCUUCUACUAAAUAAUAGAUUUUUCAGCCUCUGUAGCAGAUAGAAAUGAAAUUCAAAAAGGUAUUUGAGAGCUUAUACAAAUACUACAAAACGACAUAUCCGCUUUCCAGGCUUCAAUGGGUUAAGAUUGGUUGCCAUGUUUCUAUCAGUGAGGGAACCAGCUGCCUGUUUGUGCUGCAGGCUUCAAAUAUUUUAAACAACCUCUUACACCGUACCGCUGCAAUUACACACCAGGCCAACUUUUUAAGUAUUUUCUUAAUACACUUGUUUUAUUGUGCCUUACUCAGCAGUGGAAGAGGUUAGCGAAUUCAUCGCCAAAUGUUACACCACAAAGCUUGUAAAAGUAUUUCUAGAAAAUUAAAUUAUGUCUUUGAGGUUUUUUUUAGUCACAUUUUAAGAUAAUAGAGGACACCUGACCCUUGAUGCCUUGUAUGUAAAGGCCAAAGUACAAUUUUCUAUCUUUACCUUCUUUGUGAACAGCAAUGUCAUGAAUUGUUUAUUUAAAUUACAUUUUCUUUUUAGUAAUUGUAUCUGUUUAACCCUUUGAUGCACAACAUGGGUCUAAAGUGACCCGAUUAAGUUUUUAUAUUGUUUAUCUUUGCAAUGAAUUCAUUUCAUUUUGCAGGUUUUCCUCAAAUAACUUGUUUUACAUCCUAAUGUUUUUGUUUUCAUUUCUUAAAAAUGUCUUUAAAACCUGACAAAGAAGACACAAAUAUUAACUAUCCUAUUUUGUUAAAUUGGUGUUUUGCCAAUGAAAAUUAUUAUUUGGUGGCUCUAAUAAGUCUCAAAUGUUAAAAUAAGUGAUUUUCCAAUGUAAUCUGGUGGUUCUAACAACUAUUUUAAAGUUAAACCUUCAAAAUAAGACAAAUAUAGUUACACAUAUACUGAAAUUGUUAAAUUCACUUUUUGUAUCACUACGCAAAAACUAUUUUUCUUAAAGUAUGAAAGGAAGAAUUGAUAUAAUAACUGUUGUAAUAAUGCGAUUCAUUUUUGACCCAUGUUGUGCAUCA